AUUUAACUUUGCAAAGGUGAUCUCGUGAUGGCAUUUGCAUUUCAGUUUAAUAUGAUAUAAAUGGAAAAGUACGAAAACCUUGGAUUAGUUGGGGAAGGAAGUUAUGGCAUGGUUAUAAAGUGUAAAAAUAAGGAGACUGGACGAAUUGUAGCGAUAAAAAAGUUCAUUGAUAGUGAAGACGACAAACAUGUUAAGAAAAUAGCACUUCGUGAAAUACGAAUGCUGAAACAGCUGCGUCAUGACAAUUUGGUGAAUCUAUUGGAAGUCUUUAGGAGAAAGAAAAGACUAUAUCUUGUAUUCGAGUUUGUUGACCACACUAUUCUGGAUGAUUUAGAGAAGUUUCCUAAUGGCAUUGAAGAGCUGCGCACAAAGCGCAUACUUUUUCAAGUCAUUCGAGGCGUUGAAUUUUGUCAUUUGCAUAAUAUAGUUCAUCGCGAUAUCAAACCAGAAAAUAUACUCAUUAGCCGUAGUGGCGUGGUAAAAUUAUGUGACUUCGGAUUUGCACGUACACUAGCUGCCCCCGGUGAAGUAUACACAGACUAUGUUGCCACUAGGUGGUACAGAGCACCUGAACUUCUUGUUGGGGACACAAAAUAUGGGAGGCCAAUAGAUAUCUGGGCGAUCGGUUGUCUUGCUGCAGAAAUGUUGACAGGCGAUCCUUUAUUCCCUGGUGAUUCUGAUAUCGAUCAACUCCACAGGAUUGUUCGCUGUCUUGGUAAUCUGAGCGAAAAGUAUCAAAAUAUAUUUCAGCGUAAUCCUCUCUUUGUUGGUAUGAGAGUCCCACUGGCAAGGGAAAUUGAUCCGUUGGAUAAAAGAUUAGCUAAGGUUUCCAAAUUAACUCUUGGAUUUAUAAAAAUUUGCCUUCGAAUUGAUGCAAACGAUAGGCCUACAUCAUCUGCUCUCCUUCGAAAUGAAUAUUUUACUCGAGAUAACUUUUCAACUGUAUUUUUAGAAGAAUUGAAAAACUUGAUUAAAAAUGAGGCCGAACAAAAUACUUCUUCUACUUCUAAUUACUCUUCUACUAAUGUUACUUCUGACAGUAACAAAAAUAUUAAUAAUAUUAAUAAUCCAAUAAGAAAUAAGAAUGAUUCUGUAAACAAUAAUCUCAGUACAAGCAACAACAAUAAUAGUAAUAAUUCAGUAAACGCAAUGGGUACUACUUCUAAAUUGUAUAGUACAGAUACAUCCAAUACGAAGAAGCCAAAUAUGGAGAAAUUAACAGAGGAUGUAACACUGCUUCAACAGGUUCAUCAAGAGACUACUGAAAUUAAUGAAAAAAAUAAAUCACAGAAAAGUUGUAUUGACAACCCUUCUGGAAAUCCGAAUAACCUUAGUAAAGCCCAAUCAGACAACAACGCAACUAAAUUUCUCAUGGUCGAACAUGCCAAACCAAAUCUUGACAUCAACUCCAAUUUAAUACAAGAAUAUUCAGUAGUUGACGAAAAUGUCGAUCCACAACAUUUGAUAGAUUCGAAAGAUUUAUAUCAUGGAACAAACAAAGUGUUAGAUAAGAAUGAUGAUCCAGAUUCUAAAGGAGCAGUACUAAUGUCAGAAAAAUCAAAUGAUCGAUCAAACGAGAUGCCUUCUAUACCACAGAAAUCUUUUGGUUUAUUGACAACUAUCAAAUGUCAAAGUCCAAAAUCAGUGAAUUCAGUAACUGUACCUUGCACAUUGGAGGAAUCACGUGAACCUUUGGAUGAGAAGACUUCUGCUACCACACUGUCAUUAUCACCGCUACAAGACAAUUUCGUAGUAAAUAAUGAACAAUCAUCAGGCAAUUCUGUUAAUCAACCUUUAUUUGUCGGUGGUUUCAUUAAUAAGAUUACUGAGGUUAAUAAUGAACAGUCAGACUGUUCUUCAGUACUUACGAAAACAUGUACACGCAAACCAUUGGAUUCAAAGGGUGAAGAACCUCAUUCAAAGGAUACAACUUCAAAUAAACUUCUGCCUUAUCUUACGUCUACUCAGGUCAGUAGUCAUCACAUUUUCCCACAACAUUUGCGUGGAUUUUAUCAAAGUCCUCAAAAGACACUUGUUUCAGAUGAUGUAAAUGUACACAACUCUGAUAACCCCUCUUCAGGGAUGAAUGUGUCAUCAUUGUCACCAUUAAUGAUGAAUAAUCAAACUAAUAGUAAACACGAUAUUCGCCCUGUUUUACAAUCUUCAAAUUUUCCUGCUUCCACAUCCAUCUCAUUCCAAUCAUGGAUGGCACAAACAAGCGCGUCCAAUGCAAGUAAUUCCUCUAAGGAUUCAAAAUCUCGACGAUACUAUCAACCACCUAAUCACAGAAGAUCUACAUUUUCUCUACAGUUUCCAAUGAAUAUUAGUCAUGCAACUUCUCAGCCUAUUUCGACUUCCCUAAGCAAUCACUAUCAUCAUAGUCAUAAUCAUCAUUUCUCUGUUCUACAUCCAAUAGGUGUUAUGCCUUCACCAAACAUGUUUGACUUUAAUCAUGAACAAUCUCAUUUCGAACAGAAUGAUGCACGCAGCUUUAAUGGACAUUUAUACUUUUCCUCACGUUCACCAUUACAAAGCUUGUCUCAACAGAAUGUUUUUAAAAAGUCACUUAUAUCGACUAAUACAACCAGUACAAGUAAACAAGAGAAUACAUACUCACUUACUGGUAAUCAACAUUCAAUAAGUCCUCAGAUUCUCCCAGUUGUCACAUGUUCCGCAUAUUCAGCAAACCAAUAUGGUACAAACACAAAGUCAAACACCAACAAUACUACUUCUAAUCAUAAUCAAUUUCCCUUAUCCAGACUACGUAAUUCUGACAAAGAAAAACGGGAUUCAGCAAGACGGUAAAGAUUUGGCCGUGUAGAUCUCAAAUGAUCUUUACGCGAGGAUUUGUAAAAUGUCCAAGGAUAAAUAUUAGUCUGGAUACAUUCCUUCAGAAAAUCGCAUCGCGCAGAGUGUUUAGCAAUCCUACACCUCAAUUUCACUAGAUCAUUUAGUGCAUUGAUAGUGCUUUCCGGGAGACGCUUCUUCAAGAAUUGGAAACAUUUAUUUCCCGAUACGAAUUUAAAACAAGCAAUAAAGGUUAAUAAAGCAGGAUUUAAUGAAUUCAUCGAAUUUCGGUAGAACUCGUCAGCUGAAUACUCUACACACACGGAUAUAUAUACUUUUGAAAUUACAUUGGGAGUUCUACCGAAAUUUGAUGAAUUCAUUAAAUCCUGCUUUAUUAACCUUUAUUGCUUGUUUUAAAAAGUUAUAAUUAGUGGGUAUAACACGACACACUUGUGUUCUAAUUCCCAGUGGCUGAAAUGUCAACAGGUUUGACACUUAACAUGAAGUUUCCAUCUUGAAUCCUCUCUGGGGUCAUGGAUAUGUAUUUCGGCAUAGAUCCUAACACUUAUCCAGUAGUAAAUGAUUUUCACUGGUUCUCUAACUACAAUCAGUUCGUGAUGAAACUUCAAAUUUAUCAGAUCCCAGCAAACCGACACUUGAAAAUGUUCUCAAAUAAUUCGGUAUACAUGUAACAACAGAAGACAUGGGCCAGGCAACAGAUCGUUUAUUAAGCAAAAUCAACACAUAUUUUAGAUUUUAAUGUACAUUAUCGUAGAUUAUUGUUAGUAGAAAAUACAGUCUUUUGAUUGGUUGUUUCUCACAGAAAGUUAACCUUGCAUCUCUUUGUGGCUGUGUCAGUUCAUCCAUAUGCUAACUGCAUCCGCCUACGCAAAGCCUUUGUUCUAAUUUUCUCACCACCAAUAUUGGAGACAUAAACAUUGACGUCAAUUACUGUCUACCAACUUUGGCUAGCAGCCAGCUCUCGCCACAUUCACACCAACAUGAAAUAACACUACAUUCAUUAUCUACAGUGAUGACAACUUUGUAUACAUUAAUCACAGAAGGAUUUACAGUACUCUGUUUUUUCCUUCAUAAUUAAAAAAAUCCUUUAGAUAAAGUUCACAGUAUAACAUGGUAACACAUUAACUUGCUGAUAGCUUUGAAUUAUGUUUUAGAGUUUCCUUCCAUUUCAUCAAUUUAAAUUUGUAAAAUGUCAAAUUUUAAUCGACUAAAUGUAUCAGAUUUUGCUGUUGUAUUUGCCUGUAUAGGAUGACUGCACUUUAAAAGCGUGACAGUAUUUGAUUGAUUCUUUUAUUGUUAAGUAUUGGAUAUUAUAUUUUCCCUGACUACAUGGAUAUUGUUUAACUUACAUAGGUAUACAUUACUUGCCCUAAAACUGUUUUCAGUUUUACAUACUUACACCUUAUAAAAAGGGAUAUCCAGAUGGAAACUAAACGCUAUACUAGUUUUGCUGAUUAUCGGAGUCUUCAGUUUCAUACUAGUCAGUAUCUUUAGUUUAUUUUACUGUUUAGUACACUCCUACCUGGAUAUUACUUUAGAUAUUCUUAAAAGAUCUCCAUAAAAAUCUUUAACUUUUAUUUCAGAAUUCUGGCUUGGCAGCUUACCCAGAAGGUGAGUCAUCAACAAAAGUCCUGUUGAAGACAUAAGGAAGUAGUUGAAUUUUGUCUACUUAAAAAUGAAAAUUUAGACGUAUCCUU